CACCUUUCCGCAUCAUGAGUCAACCAUGCCUACGCAACAUGAGCUGCAAGUGCCCGUUGUGCAUGGGCGAGGACGUGUCUGCGCUCCUCGCCAUGACCAAGACGAUCUCUUCCAACAUCACAUACACCGAAGACGACGAUGAAGUGCAGCCGCCGCCCGCGACGAAGAGUGGAUUCAUGGCCAAUUCUCCUCCCAAAAAGCCUGCCGCGGCACCCCGUCCUUCUUUGAAGUCCCGCAUGGCGCCAAAACAACCAGUCGUCGAAAAGCUGCCUCCACUCGACUUUCAGGACGUCGACAUGGGAAUAACUUCGGCGCCAUCUAUCCUUAUGGCGGCUGAAGGGCCAACCCCCCCACCCAUCUCGUCAGGCGGAGAGGCACCCCCAGAAUUUGCAGGCGACGUCCCCACCCGACGUCCGGCGAGCAGCGACGAUCCGCCUUUGCAGAUGGAGGAUGUCGAAGCCAAAGUCGCCGACAAGAACUGGAAAGUACGCAAAGAAGUGUACGAUGACUUGAAGGCCGCGUUCGAGUCCGGUCGUGCCAUCGAAGGCGGUAACGUGACGGAGUUGUUUGGCAAGCUCGUAGACGACUCGAACGCCGCCGCGAUGGAGUGCGGCCUGGCAGCGGUGCUCGCGUACGCAGUGCAAGUCAGUCCCCAGCAGUGGAACAAUGCGAUUGUGGGGAGGGUGCUGCCCAAGGUCGUGGACAAGGGCUUCUCCGGUCGACCGGGGUCGGUGAAGCUGGCCGAAGAGCUCGUGCUCGAGUUUGUGCAUCUGGGCAGCGCCGAAGACACGAUAACGGCGCUACUGGAAGGCACCAAGAACAAAAAGCCCAAGGUGCCGCCGCUCUGUGUCAGCUCCAUCUUGGAGUGCUUCAAGGCGUUUGGGCCACGCGUGGUGCCCGUGGUGGCCGUCAAGAAGGAGCUCAAGGCGCUGUGUGAAUCAACGGUUAACAACGUUCGCCCCAACGCUCUCAAACUGAUCGGGGAAAUGUACCGAUGGACUGGCCCCACGCUGGUGCAAGACAUCGUCGCGACGUUACGACCCGCCCAACAGACCGAAUAUGAAGCCAUGAUCAGCGAGAUUUCCCCAGGGCAAGCCGUCCCCACGCGCUAUGUAAAGGGAAAAGAGCCCAAGCCAGCGAAAUCGGCGGCUACUGGGUCGACCAAGGCUGGCAAAGGAGGCGCCGCCGCUUCCGCUCCAGCAGGAGGCGGGUCGUUCGACCCGCGGGAGUUUGCAGAAACGAUAAACCUUCUGGACCUUCUCCCCAAGACGGAAUUCAAAGCCAAGAUGGCGCUGCCCAAGUGGAGCGAAAAGGUGGAAGCCCUCAAGAUCAUCUUGGACAUUGUCGGGUCCGUGCCCAAGCUCGCGACGGGCGACUACGGCGACUUGGUGCAGACACUCAAGCUGUGCACACAAGACGCGAACGUCAACAUCGUGGCCAAGUCGAUUGAAGUGCUGGGCGUGCUGGCGGACGGCCUCCGCCGCCAGUUUGCGCAGUACGCACGCAUCCUGUUGCCCGUGUUGCUGCGAAAGCUGUCGGAUAAAAAGUCCAACGUGCUAAGUGCGACCCACCAAGCGCUCGACUUGUUCCAGCAGCAUGCGCUGCCUAUCGAUGCGAUGAUGGACGAGCUCAAGUUGACCAUCGAGGCCGGGACCAACAAAGUGCCAGCGUCCCGCGCCCAGGGCGUCGUCUUCGUCGAGCGCUGCAUUGCCAAGCAAAAGAUCAACGUGUCGGACGCGGCGCUCAUGCGGACGAUUGGCGAGUUGUUUGCCAACUGUAUUGAAGACUCGGACCCGGGGCUCAAGAAGGCGGGCGUCGAGGCCAUGGUCACCCUCGUCACGUCGUCGCCGCAAGCCGGUCGCAUGAUCAAAGCUACGCUGGACGUACUCGAGAAACGCCAGCCGCGAAGUUUCAAAGUGAUCGAAGCGGCGAUGGGGGAAAGCAGCAGCAGCAGCGGACCGCCGCCGUCGUCCGUCCCAAAGCAACCAGCGAGUGCGAUGCCGAAACCGUCGACGGCGACAUCCGUGCCGAAAAAGUUGCCGUCGGCUGGCCCGUCCGCGCGCGCCAACUUAUUGAAAAAGCAGCCGUCGGCCAGUUCCAGUGGUGGGGCGACGUCGCAACAACCCACGAAAGCCACCGCCGCGACUGGGAAAUCGACGUCGGAGGUCAUCACCAUGUCCCCACAAGAGGCUGAAAUGCAGCUGGAAGCGUUGGCCCUGGACGGAUGGAGGUCGAACAUCGUGACGAACUUGGAAAGCGCCAAGUGGACGGACCGCAAAGCCGGCUUUGAGGCUCUGGAAGAAGUGUUCAAGCUCGUGUCGUCCGAUGUGGCGACGGCGAAUCUGGACGCUGUCGUCGUGUACGUGAGUUCCCAGUCCAAAACGUUCAAAGAGUCCAACGUCCACGUGCUCAAGAGCGCCUUCCAAGCGAUAGCUACCAUUGCGUCGUUGUGCGAGUCGAUGGGGUUGGGGGUCUUGUCGGCGGUGGUACCCCCCGCGGUGGACAAGAUGGGCGACCGAAAGGUCAGCGAGACGGUGCGUCCCAUGUUCCUGGCGCUGGCCGAGCUCGUCGGGCCGGCAUCCGUUCUGGCCGCGAUCUUUGGGCACAUGCCGUUGGUCAAGACGCCCCUGGCGCAGUUGGAGUGCCUCGAGUUCGUCCGCGAGUGCGUCGGCGAGUUUGGCGUGUCCACGUGUAACCCCCGCGGGGUCAUCGAGUACGCCAAGGGUCCGUUCGGCAUGGAGUCGAUCAACCCCAAGACCCGCAUGUCGGCCAUCGCCGUCUUUGGCGCGUUGUACGGCCAGCUGGGGGACGCCAUGCGGCCGCUGCUCAACCUGGACGGGUGGAAAGCGUCGCUCAAGGAUAGCGUCGAGGCCGAGUUCGAGCGCGUGGGGUUCAGUCCGAGCUCGUUUGCGGCGUCUCGGGUGGCCAAGACGUCCGAGGGAGGGGGUGCUGCGUCGUCUGGGUCGCUGUUUGGCCGUGUGGACGUUAGCGCCAAGAUUACAAAGGAGUUGCUGGCGGACAUGGCCAACGAAGACGACAAGGUGGCGUGGAAGAAACGGCUGGAUGCGAUGGAACAAGCCCAGCGGAUCUGCGAAGAAGCGGGCUUGUCGAUCGAGUUGACCAAGGGGGUGAUGGACCUCACCAAGUCACUCAAGGCGCGACUGAGUGACUCAAACGCCAACUUGAAGACCAAAGCUGUGCAGGUGAUUGGAGUCGUGGCCGCCAGUGUGGGGCCAUCCGUGGCCAAACUAGCCAAGCUCGUGGGCGCAAAUCUCGUGGUGGGGGUCGCGGACAACAAAAAGGCGAUGCAGCAGGCGUGUCUGGACUCGUUGCUCAAGUGGGUGGUGCACGGCGACGUGGCGUCUGCGAGUUGCUUCGAGUCGUUGCUGCCGUUCGUGGCGGAGGCGCUCAAGAACCCCGUCGGCCGCGCCGAGCUGCUCGGGUGGACCGUCGAGAUGACGCAGAUGAUUCCCACCAAGAUGGAUCUGCGCAGCUUGGUCGAAAACACGAUCGACGCGCUGUCGGACAAGUCGACGGACGCGCGCGAGAAGGCGCAGCUGCUCCUCGUCGAGGUGUUCAAGAGCGUGGGAAGGGACGCAGUCGUAGGCGGGUGUCGAGACAUCUUGCCGGCCAAGAUGCGCACGCUCAAGCCGAUCAUUGACCGCGCGGCCGCCACCGCAUUUGGAGGUGGGGAUGUUGUUGAAGGCAAAUCAACCAAACCCCCUGUCGCCGCCGCUGUGUCCUUGUCUUCUUCUUCCUCUCUCGUGCGCGCCAACAGCGCGGUCAGUGGUGGACGCACAGCGGCGCCUUCGCAAUCCCCCAAAGCAAACUUGUCCCGCACGACGUCGUUGACGGCCAGUGCAUCCGUCGUGGUGGCUGCUCCGUCGACGACUAGUGCGGCAGCGCUACUGAUAUCAAGCGACAAGCUAACUCGCCUCGAACGGCACCGCAAGAACAAGUGGGUGUUUGACGCUGCCGACCCCGCCGAGCUGCUCGCCAGGAAGGGUCAGCUGGAAACCGAAUGGUCGGGACUCGUGCACCCGAGUUUGCGGGUCAAGUUGUUUGCCGUGUCAUAUGAAAAGGGCAUGAUGCAAGCGAUCGACGACCUGUCGGCAUGUGUGACAUCGCAGCCAGACGAAGUAUUUCAUUCCCUCGACUUGAUCUUGAAGUGGUCGACGCUUCGUAUCGUCGACAACAACGUGCAGGCGCUAGUGAAAAUGCUCGACUUGCUGGUCAAGCUGUUUCAGAUGCUGGUCCAGUUUGGCUGGGAGUUGGACGACGUCGAAGCGGCCUUGUUUCUGCCCUACUUGUGCCAGGAGUCGGGCCAGCAAAAGCCGCGCUUCCGCAUGCGUUUCCGCGACGUCCUUCGGCUUGUCGUGCACGUGUACCCGUCGGCCAAACUGACGCCGUACCUGCUCGAGUGCAUCACCAACUCGAAGAACUCAAAAAGCCGCUCCGAAUGUCUGGAUUUGAUCGAGUUUAUCGCCGAUACCAAGGGCCACGCCGCCGUGGGCCGCAAAACCCUGCGGGACGUGGGCAAGUACGUUGACUGCGCCGAAAAGGAGGUGCGGGAGAGCGCGAUCGGCGCCGUUGUCAAGAUGUACACGCUCAUGGGCGACCCCAGCACGGACCGGUUCUUCACGCUGUGCAACAUCACGAGCCAAAAGGCGAUGGACCUGGUGCUGCAAAAGGUCAAGUACCUUCCCCCCUCAACUACCGCAGCAACGACGACUACUACUACUGCAGGCACCCAUCGAGUCUUGACGAUGCCCAAACCCACUACUCCGGCCUAUCAACGGUAUGCGUCGAUGCCGUUGGACGAACCAGCGCGGGAGCCGCCUCUGUCCACGGCAUACGAAGCCCCGCCGCCGGCUCCGUCCAUGUACACGACGACUCGACUGGAACGACCGGCGACUCCGCUCAAGUACCAAACGACCACGCCGAUUCCGUCGGCUUUAUCUGCGUACCCGCCAGGCUACGCGCAGCCGCCACCCACGACGAGCCCCUCAAUCAGACUUCCUCUUCCGUCGUCGUCGUCGGGGUUGAAGCCACCGCCGACCCCCACGACGUACACCAAUCCCCCCAUCACGCCCGCGUCGACGCCGUACCGAAGCGACUUUGGCUCGACCCGCACCGACAUGCGGACGCUGCUGUUUGUGCCGCUGGAGCGCCUCUUGGUGAACCCGAAGGAACUGACGGUCAACUUGGACGCGUUUGCAGCCGGAAAGGACGCGCUCAAGUCGCUCUACGCCCUCUCGGCAACCGGGGACGACGUGUUCAUUCAGGAAAACGUCAACGAGAUCCUCGUCCGGGUGUGCCAGGUACUCGGCGCAGCGUUAGGCGCCCACAUUGAGCUCCAUAUCGUGUCGCUGUGCGUGGCGACCAUCUCGAGCAUCUUCCGGCACGCGGCGUACGUGGGCCGCAUCGAGCGCGUGGCCAUCGAGCGGGUGCUGCUGGAAGCAGGUGCGGGCUUCUUGGACCCGCGCCUGGACGACGUGGAGGCGACCUUGUCCAACCGGAUCAUGCUCGCGCUCAACAAGCUCAUCAUGACGACGGCGUACGCGUUGCGAAUUGGCGAGGUGUACCCGGCCAUGCUCCAUGUGCUCGAGCGCAUCGUGAGUGGCAAGGCAGGCGAGUACCAGAAGCACGACGCGGACAACAAGAUCGCCGGCCAGCCGACGCUGGGGCAGUUGCUUGCAAAGCUGCUCGUCAAGACCACGAGACGGGAGCUGACGCUGCCGACGCCAUUUGUCCAUGUGGAUGUCGCCGACAUAUUGCACACAAAGCAUCGAGUUUUCACGACAGUGUCCACGGACGCCGAGGUCAAGAACGCGAUGAAGACCAGCUUGAAGCACGCAGCGGAUCACUGGAACUCGGAUGGUCGCCGCCCGGCCUUCCAGCGGGCGCUGGACGACCUCCCGAUCGCGUCGCCAAUCCACGGAAUGCUCAUGCAGAUGCUGCCGCUCGUGUUUGCGGUGCCGUCCCCUGACAUGGUGCCCCGCCGCCUGAACGACGCUGUCCAUAAGUUCUCGACGUCGACGGACCCCGCCGCCAAGCUGCAGGCGACGAUGGCCAUGGUCGAAGUCAAGGUGGACUCGGCCGGUACGCCGAUCGAGAUGGACGGCGCGAGGAAGGCGGAGCUGCGGCAGACGGUGGAUAAGCUCGACAUGACUUCGUACAAUCGAACGAGCGCGGCGUUGACAGACUCGGCGAUCAAGUCGGCGCUCUCGCGUGCCAAUAUCUUCAAAGACCGGAGCUUGGAGUUUAGUAGCGCCGGUGGUAGUAGUAGUACUACUACUAGUAGUAGCACCGUCAGUGGAGCGCCAGGGACAGAGUCGACCGGGGGUGACCUCCCCCUAAAGUCGAUGGCGUUGAUGGAUUUGAAGCAGCGGCUCGGCCGCAUUCAAAUGAAUUGAUGACGAAUCAAUACUAUUUUUACCA